GAAUUACUUUGAGGGUCACAAAAUCGCAAGCUACUCAUCUGUAAAGUUUUGAAGUUUCCAAUUUCAAAAUAGAACCAUAAACAAUCUCAGGCCCUGUAGCUCCGCCCACUCUGGUCUCAGCCAAUCAGGAAGACAGAGAACCCUAGCACCGUCCAAUUACAACACACUAUUCCUACCUCACGGCGGAACGCUCCCCAACAUGGCUGCUGCUGUACAGUAGAGACUCACAAGUGCAUUCGUAUUCGAGAGAAAAUCAUAAUACAAAAAAAGACAUCAAUAAAGACCUGAAAAGUACGAGACCUCUACAUGAAUGUUAUGAAGAGGAUCCCUGUGCUGCACCUGAGCAACAAUUAAUCCUCUUAAAUACCACCCACGAAUCCCACAGUUCCCUGCUGGUCCCUGCAGGUGUGGGCGUGCCCCCCCUGUCACACUGGCAGAGGAGGCAGGGCAGGAGGUGUUGCCAGGUGGAGGACCGAGGCCGCACCCGCCUACUUUCUUCAUCUUCCUCCGUUCCCAAUCCGAGUCACUUCACCUGCAGCCGCCACAGGUGGGCUCAGGGGGAUCCGGUCUGGGGCCCCCAGUGUGCGGCGGCGUCCGGAUUUGGCCAUCGCGGAGCGGCUCCCACCGGGCUCUGCCAGGUGCCGUUGGCUGGUCGAGGAGCGGAGCAUGUUGAGAGGUUGCGGUUGCCAUGGAGCAGCAGGAUAAGAAGCGGGAGGAGGACGCUGUGACUCUGGGCCUGUCCACUGGCCAGGCUCUGGCAAAGCUGCGGGACCAGCUCAGCGGCCUGCUGGAGCAGCAUCAAAGGCCUGAGCGCAGGCGAUCCUCUGCACAGGAACACUGCGUGAAUAGCUUCCUUUACCAUGGCAACCGUCACUCCUGUCUCCAUUGGCCGGGAGCUGCCCUCACUCUGCUGGUGGUGCUGGGACUCCUCUGUUGCCACGGCAGCCAGCCAAGGGGCAGCUCUGGUAUCGAGCUGGUGAACGCUGCAGCCCUCCUUCUUCUCUUCGUGCUGAACCUGCUGCUGGUUGGACGUCAGGAGCGGCUGAAGAGGAGCGAGAUGGUCCGCCGCCUCAACGGCAUCAUCGCACAGCUCAGCGACUACCUGUCGGGGUGCGUGGGUGAAGCGCGCUGGUCUCCAUCUCUGUACCCGGAUCUGUACACACCGUCGUCCACAUCGUGGUCCCUUCACUGGACCUACCGGGACUCCCAGUUGGUUAACCUUCCCAUCAGUCUGCUUGUGGAAGGAGACGUCAUUGCUCUGAGACCCGGCCAGGAGGCAUUUGUCUCCCUCAGAGGCAUUAAGGAUGAUGAGCACAUUGUGUUGGAGCCAGGAGAUUUAUUCCCCCCAUUCUCCCCUCCUCCUUCCCCACGGGCCGAUGAGAAGAGAGGCCCACAGAGCCCCCAGCAACACCGUCUCUUCAGAGUGGUCCGCACUCCAGUACUGGACAUAGUCAGGAACAGUUUGGAGUUGGCGUUGGCUCGACCGAUCACAGUGCUAGAUAAUGAGAGGUUCACAGUGCAGUUGGUUAUCACCAAGUUAGUCUGUCCCGUUGUUCUGGUGGCAUUCCUGGUAGUGAACACUGUUCGCUAUUUUUGUGAUGCACCCAGCCUCACCCCACCCUGCUACAAUUUCUUUCAACUUCAGUUAAUGGGUGUUCUGCCCAUCCUGCCCUUGCUCUUCCCUGUCAUGUGGGUGCUGCUGAAUGCCUUUGGAGAGGCCAGGGUGCUCGCCGAGUUCAGCCGCGCAUCGCCAGCUGGUCUGCUUGCUAAGUUCUCUGAGGAUACUCUCAGCAGCUACACCGAAGUGGUUUCCUCCCAGGAGUUGCUGCGUUGUGUGUGGAGACACCUGGUUGGCGUCCUGAAGGGAGAGUCUCAGACACUCUGUUAUACUUCCAGCCUUUUACACACUCUGGGAUCUGUCACUGUGCUGUGUUGUGUGGACAAGCAGGGCAUCCUGUCGUGGCCUAACCCCAGUCCAGAGACCGUGCUGUUCUUCAGUGGACGAGUGGAGCCGCCUCACAUCAGCCAGGACGAUCUUGGAGACGACCUGUCUGUCAGCUCCUUCUGCCGAAUGGAGACAGAUGACGACAGGGAUGAGGCCCAGGAGGCCGAAGCUCUGCUCUGUCUGCCAGCAGAGUCCUCCACACAGCUGGGGGAGGGCCCCGAGCCCAGCGAGACGUCACACGACACAGCCCACUCCACCGACACGUCCCGGCUGCGGCGCUCCGGCCAGUCUGCGCACGCUCGUACCAAACACCACUCGGGGUCCAACGUGAGCUUCAGCCACGACACCGAGGGAGGCGACAAUGACCAGGACUUUGGGAUGGGCUGCCCGGAGGCGGAGGCAGACGACUUUGUGUGCGACUACCACCUGGAGAUGCUGAGCCUGUCGCAGGACCAGCAGAACCCAGCCAGCAUCCAGUUCGACGACCUCUCCUGGCAGUGCCACUUGCCGUCCCUCAAGCCGCUGGGCCUCAACAUCAUGCUGAACCUCUGCAACGCCAGCGUCACCCAGCAGCUCUGCCGCUUCUCCGACCACCUGUCCAACCUGGCCCUGCAGGAGAGCCACGGCACCGUGCUGCCCGUCUACGUCCCCUGGGGACUCUGCGAGCUCUCCAGGCUCAUAGGGUUCACUCCUGGUGCUCGGGAGCUGUUUAAACAGGAGAAUCACUUGGCUCUGUACCAGCUGCCAUCAGGAGAGAAGACCAAGGAGUUCACUUCCCGCCACCUUCAUUACUUCACCAAACGUCAGCCUCCCAUCUCCCAUCUUAUCUCCCUGUUUGCACGAGACUCUUCCUCCAAUCACGUCCAGAUGCUGUCGCAUGGCUCAGCCGAGCUCAUCCUGGAGGCGUGCACCGACUUCUGGGAUGGAACUGAUAUCUAUCCCCUCUCAGGCUCAGACAGAAAGAAGGUUCUGGACUUCUACCAGCGUGCCUGUUUGUCCGGUUACUGCUCGGCAUUUGCCUACAAACCCAUGCAAGUCUCCUUGUCCGGCCAACUGAAUGGGAAGUGCGUGGAGCUGGCCCCUGGUCCCUACCUCUUCUCCGGGGUGGAUCUGCCCUCCACCACCCCCAUCAAACACAACUCCUGCAGGAACAGCUGGAGCUCGGACGAGGGUAUAGGUGAGGGCGUGGAGCGAGAGGACUGCGUCCAGGCCCUCAGUGGGCAGAUCUUCAUGGGCAUGGUAUCGUCCCAGUUCCAGGCGAGGCUGGACACGGUCCGGCUCAUCGAUGCCCUAGUCACUGCUUGUAUCCGCUUUGUUUACUUCUCCAUGGAGGAUGAGCUCCGCAGCAAGGUGUUUGCAGAGAAGAUGGGCUUAGAGACAGGCUGGAACUGUCACAUCUCUUUGACUCCAAACGGAGAGAGUCCCUGUGACGGAGCUCCGUCCAGCCCUGGUCAGGGCUCCCUGAACCAAGAUUCCCGGGACGAAGCAGAGGGUCCGCUGCUGCCAGAGGAGGAAGCUGACCUUGCCUGUUUUCAGCCCACAGACAGCGACGUGCCCAGCUUUCUGGAGGACUGCAACAGGGCCAAGCUACCUCGUGGCAUCCACCAGGUUCGUCCUCAUCUGAAGAACAUCGAUAAUGUGCCUCUUUUGGUGCCGCUCUUCACAGACUGCACCCCCGACACCAUGUGUGAGAUGAUAAAGAUCAUGCAGGAGAACAGGGAGGUUACAUGCUGUCUGGGAAGCUCCGCCAAUUUCCAUAACAGCCGGCUGUUUCUACAGAGUGACCUCAGCAUCGCUCUGGACCCUCUGUACCCCUCUCAGUGUUCGUGGGAGACGUUCGGCUAUGCCACCGGGGGAGGAUUCAGCGACAGAGACGCUGAGGGUCUGUCUCCUCUGAGGCUCUCUGGACAGCUCAACAGUCUGGGCUGCUCCGUCACCUUCCACCAAGGAGAGAGCGUCAGCAUGGUCAAGCUCAUAGAGCAGGCGCGACACACGACCUACGGCAUCCGCAAGUGCUUCCUUUUCCUGCUGCAGUGUCAGCUCAGUCUGGUCAUCAUCCAGUUCUUAGCCUGUCUUGCUCAGCUUCCUCCUCCCAUGAACACCACUGACAUCCUCUGGCUGUCCUGCUUCAGCUGCCCACUGCUAAGCGUGUCAUUUUUGGGGAAGCCACCCGACAGUUUGGCCAUGACAGUUGCCACAGGGAAGAACCUGGAUGCAAUCCCAAGGAAGACCCAGAACUACUUCCUCGGCUGUUUCCUGUUGAAGUUUGGCUUGACAGUGUGUGCCUACCUGUUGGCCUUUGGGUUCACCCUGCAGGAGGUCUUCAGAAGCAGCAACUCCAGCUUAGCUGACAACACCAGCUUAGCUGACAACACCACUCACGUAUAUAUACUCACAGCCAGCUCUCUAGUUGACGCUCCUCACUGGUUCGAUGAGCUGUCCAACGGUCUGCUGCUGACUCAGAAGGUCAUGGCAGGGUUCCUCGUCUUACACACAGUGGCGAUCUCUCUCAGCUACGUCCACCGCUCUCAACCUCUGUGGAGAAAGAAUCCCUUUAGCAAUACCUGGUGGUGUCUCACUGUACCUGUGGUUCUGCUAAGCCAGCUUGUUCAGGCCACAGUGGAUUACCAGUUAUGGCGCGACCAGGGCAGCCUCCUGACCUUUGACCUGGGUGACAUACCCCUGCUGGUGUGGCUGCUGGUCUCUCUGUCCCCGCUGCUGGUGGUGUUGGUCAACGAAGUGGUGAAGCUACACGAGAUACGGGUGCGAGUUCGCUACCAGAAGAGACAGAAGCUGCAGUUUGAAACAAAGCUGGGCAUGAAUUCUCCAUUCUGAUGUGUUCCCUCUGAGGUAGUUAGUGUUGUGGCAAUACUGGGAACCAUUAGUUCUGGAACCCAGGGAAGGGCAGCAUGCAAGUACUGCAG